GCUGGUAUAGAGGAUCUGUGAGUGAGGCUGUAGUGUUGAAGCUCCUCUCUCUCCCUCUGCCUGCUAUGACCGAGCUACCGGACGACACUGUCUGUUUCCAGGACUGACCUCUGCGUCUCUCCGGCUCCUGUAGCUCCUGUAGCUCCUGUAGCUCCUUUAGGCUGCUGUGAACUCAACACAGAGAAGUUUAUGGUCUCACUGCAGAGACUCUCUAACCCGAGCUGCUGCUGGCCUCUGAGGCGAGCUGCUAUCAGAGACAGAGAGGAGCCAGCUGGACGGACAGAGGGACGAUAGCUAACAAGCUAAUCAGGCAGAGAGACUCUGGAUUACUGAUCAAAGCUCAGACUGUUCUCCAGCCUCUGAGGAAACAUGAAGAUCACUGUGGACUUCGAGGAAUGCUUGAAGGACUCCCCGAGGUUCAGAGCCACCAUAGAGGAAGUAGAGGGGGAUGUGUGUGAGCUGGAAUCCAAGCUUGACAAAUUGGUGAAGCUAUGUAUUGGGAUGAUUGAUGCUGGAAAAGCCUACAACGCAGCCAACAAGCAGUUCGUCAGUGGAAUCCGUGAGCUGGCCCAGCAGUCCACCAAAGAUGAAGUCAUCGAGUCCAGUCUCACAAAGUUUGCUGAGAGUCUGCAGGAGAUGAUCAACUAUCACACGAUACUGUUUGAUCAAGCCCAGAGAUCAAUCAAGAUUCAGCUUCAGACUUUUGUCAAAGAUGACAUACGGAAGUUCAAAGAAGCCAAGAAGCAGUUUGACAAAGUGAGUGAGGAGAAGGAGGCGGCGCUGAUCAAGAACGCCCAGGCUCCCCGCAACAAGCAGCAUGAGGUGGAGGAGGCCACCAACAUCCUCACCGCCACACGCAAGUGCUUCCGACACAUCGUCCUCGACUACGUCUUACAGAUCAAUGUGCUGCAAUCCAAGAGAAGAUCAGAAAUCUUAAAAUCUAUGUUGUCCUUCAUGUACGCCCACCUGACGUUUUUUCACCAAGGAUACGACCUCUUCAGUGAACUGCAGCCGCUAAUGAAGCUGCUGGGAGGACAGUUGGACCAGCUGGUGGUUGAUGCUGCCAAAGAGAAGAGGGACAUGGAGCAGAAACACUCCACCAUCCAGCAAAAGGACUUCUCGAAUGACGACACCAAACUGGAGUACAAUGUCGACGCAGACAACGGCAUCGCCAUGGAGGGUUAUCUGUUCAAGAGGGCCAGUAACGCCUUCAAGACGUGGAAUAGGCGUUGGUUCUCCAUCCAGAACAAUCAGCUAGUUUACCAGAAGAAAUUCAAGGAUAACCCCACAGUGGUGGUGGAGGACCUGAGGCUGUGCACAGUCAAACACUGUGAGGACAUCGAGCGUCGCUUCUGUUUCGAAGUGGUGUCACCCACCAAGAGCUGCAUGAUGCAAGCAGACUCAGAAAAGCUGCGACAGGCCUGGAUCAAAGCCGUCCAGAACAGCAUCGCCACGGCCUUCAGAGACAAGGGCGAGGAGGGCGAGAAACUGGACAGGAAGUCUUCCACAUCCACAGGGAGCUUGGACUCUGGUGGGGAGCCCAAGGAGAGAUCACUGAAAGGAGAGAGCGCCCUGCAGAAAGUCAUAGCCAUCCCAGGGAAUGCUGAGUGCUGUGACUGCGGCCAGCCGGACCCCCGCUGGGCCAGCAUCAAUCUGGGCAUCACCCUGUGUAUACAGUGCUCUGGUAUCCACAGGAGUCUGGGAGUGCAUUUCUCCAAGGUUCGGUCUUUGACUUUGGAUACAUGGGAGCCUGAACUUUUAAAGCUGAUGUGUGAACUUGGAAAUGGAGUGAUCAAUCAGAUUUACGAGGCUCGGCGAGAGGAGCUGGGAGCCAGGAAACCCCAGCCAGGAGAUCCCAGACACGAGGUGGAGGCCUACAUCAAAGCCAAAUAUGUGGACCGGCGUUUCAUCCGUCGGCCGUCAGACGAGGAGCUUCGGAACAAAGUGGUUUCUCUGAGCAAACAGGAGAAGAGGCUGAGCAGCAGCUCUGAACACCUGCCCCCAAGACCACCACCGCCCACCCCAAAACUCAGACCUGGUUCAAACGCCUCCGGACAGUCAGCUGUUGCCAGCGGCUUGGAGGCCCGCCGCGACUCUCUCUUCUGUCCUGACGAGCUUGACUCGCUCUUCUCCUACUUUGACAACUCGGCCAAGCUCAGGAGCAUAAAGAGUGCAGACAGCGGCAUCCAGAACAGCGCUGAUGGGAGCAGGGAGAUGCUGGCCAACACCCCCUCCAAUAACAGCCUGGCAGAUGCAGAAGCCGCUGAGUCUCCGCCCAUGCCCAUGCCUGCCACCCUGCCUCCCCCGUCCCCCUGUAAGGAGGUGGUCUUCUACGAGCCUAAAGAGUACAGCCCCGGUCUGCAGCUCUACUGGGCCGCGUGUGCUCGCAGCCUGCCGGACAUGGCUGAGGCGCUGGCCCACGGAGCCGAGGUCAACUGGGUCAACACGGAGGACGAAAAGAGGACGCCGCUGAUCAUGGCGGUGCAGGGGGGCUCGCUGGUCACCUGUGAGUUUCUGCUUCAAAACGCAUCGAAUGUAAACCAGCAGGACGCUCAGGGCCGAGGACCCCUCCACCACGCCACCAUGCUGGGACACACAGGGCAAGUGUGUUUAUUCUUAAAACGAGGAGCAAAUCAAAACGCUGCAGACAUCGACGAGAAAACUCCGCUGACGAUAGCCGUGGACGCGGCCAACGCAGACAUCGUCACACUGCUGCGACUGGCCAAGAUGAACGAGGAGAUGCGAGAGGCGGAGGGGCCGUACAGUCAGUCAGGAGAUGAAACCUACCAGGACAUUUUCCAGGAUUUCACCCACAUGGCUUCCAACGACCCGGACAAGCUGAAGCGCUACCAGCAAUACGAUCCUCAAAGACCCUGACACGACAACACGGCGUCCACUCUCACUCAGAGACACGGUCUACUCAAUCUCAAAGAGACGAAGAUGUCUGGAACAACAUCCGUCUCCUUCCCUCCAUCAUCAGUGAUCACUGAAGUCCAGUAGUCCUGCCACAGCUGGAUUCAUGUCCCCACAUCUGACAUGGACUAAGCUGCUCGAGUCCUAUUUUAUCAACAUAUCUAACUUUCCCUUUUAUCAGCGUUUCACUUUACAGGUGAGCUUCAGGUGUGACCUGUUAGUGAAAGGUUUAACCCUUUAGAGAGGGGCGCAGUGAGGCGCAGUGAGGCGUCCUCAUCUGAAAGCUGUUUUUAACUUUCUCUUGUUUCGAUCAAACUUCGUCUUCGUCACUUCCUGACAGAAGAAAUUCAAAGAUCGAUUUUUAACUUUAGUAUAAAAAUAUAAGCACAUGUUGGACUUUUAAAUACUUACAUGUUUCAAUGCUUCCUCUUAUCAAGGCUCCUUUUGAACUCUCUGCUUCAGGAUCUUUAUGUAACAAAGUUCAGCUUCAUCGCUCUCAGAUCUUUGAUCCCCUCUGAUGGAGACAUGUUGAUGUACAGACGAUCACAGUAAACAUUUUAUCCAUGAGUUUUUAAGAUUCAGAAGGAGCUGGUUUUUAUUUCAAGGCUCUUUAUUACAGAACAAAGUUCUCCCAAUGAUUACAGGUUUCCAUGUUGUGGCUGAGUCAGUACUUAAAGUGUCAGCGCUCCAGAACGGUGAUUUUGCAGAAUGGAACAUCUUCAGUCUGGUCUGGAUUGAUCAGAUCCGGUCUGGUCUGGAUUGAUCAGAUCCAGUCUGGUCUGGAUUGAUCAGAUCCGGUCUGGUCUGGAUUGAUCAGAUCUGGUCUGGUCUUGAUUGAUCAGAUCCGGUCUCGUCUGGAUUGAUCGGAUUCGGUGUCGUCUGGAUUGAUCAGAUCCGGCCUGGUCUGGAUUGAUCAGAUCUGGUCUGGUCUGGAUUGAUCAGAUUCGGUCUAGUAGUCUGGAUUGAUCAGAUCCGGUCUAGUCUGGAUUGAUCAGAACCGGUCUAGUCUGGAUUGAUCAGAUCCGGUCUGGUCUGGAUUGAUCAGAUCCGGUCUAGUCUGGAUUGAUCAGAUCCGGUCUCGUCUAGAUAGAUCAGAUCCGGUCUCAUCUGGAUUGAUCAGAUCCGGCCUCGUCUGGAUUGAUCAGAUCCAGACUGGUCUGGAUUGGUCAUAUCUGGUCUGGUCUGGAUUGAUCAGAUCCGGUCCCGUCUGGAUUAAUCACAUCCGGUCUCGUCUGGAUUGAUCAGAUCCGGUCUAGUCUGGAUUGAUCAGAUCCGGUCUCAUCUGGAUUGAUCAGAUCCAGCCUCGUCUUGAUUGAUCAGAUCUGGUCUGGUCUGGAUUGAUCAGAUCCGGUCUAGUCUGGAUUGAUCAGAUCCGGCCUCAUCUUGAUUGAUCAGAUCUGGUCUGGUCUGGAUUGAUCAGAUCCGGUCUGGUCUGGAUUGAUCAGAUCUGGCCUGGUCUGGAUUGAUCAGAACUGGCCUGGUCUGGAUUGAUCAGAUCCGGUCUUGUGCUCCUUUAAGGUUAGAGAGUUUAACAGAGUUAUAAAACUCUACAUCAGUGUUGAUAUUUUAAGAGUAAAUCAGGUCUUUUAAUAUCAUUUAAGUCUAGAAGUAUCAGAGAACAUGUUUGGUAAUGUGUCUUUAUAUCAAACAUAUAAGUCAUUAUAUAAUCCUUUAAAGUCCGCCCAGUUAACCCGAGUUAUACUGAUUUAAAAUUCACUUCACUGAAUGUAUACCCUGUUAUUUAAACCCUAAAGUUCAGUGAUUGAUGUACAGUAUGUAAAUGUCUGCAGGUAGGAAGAAGUUAAAGACAUCUCAAACAUUUCAAACACCAGUUACCAAAUCAAGUAAGAACAUUUUGACUUCAGGACUGAUGGAUUUGAUUCUGAUCAUCAGGAGAGUUCCAUGAAAUGUUCAAAUCCAGACAUGAAUUCUGCAGAUUUCACUGGAGUACCAUCCUGAGCGGUCUGAGCCUUUAAGAACUGUAACAUCUUCUCUGUGACAUUCAGAGCAUAUCAUGACGUGUGAUAUAAAGAGGAAACUUUGGGCAGUGUGAGAAACAACUCUUGUACAUUUUGUACAGAAGCUUUUGAAUUCUUUGGAGAAGGUGAAGUAUAAAGUUAGUGGUACUUGAAUCGUUUAUAAGCUUUUGUACAUGCUGUUCUUCUGUUCUCUUUUUAUAUUGUUCACCUGUACACCAAUACACAUGUACUGUAUAUUCUAACUGUAAUAUGUUAUACUUCAAUACAUAUGGGCCGAGGAUUCA